GACGGGUUCGCCUGGGCUCCUUGUUCCCCCUUUCCCUCCCCUGAGGGCUGGGGGCAGCCGGGCCUCCCCCCCGCCGAGCCCCGCUGUGGUGGCGGCGGGCGCCGCUUCUCCCCCACAGCGGCCCCUCUCCCGCCCGGGCCGUGAGGGGAAAGGCCCCGCGGGGCGGCGGCGCCAUGGCGGGGAGCGGGACGGGGCCGGCCCGCCGCCGCGCUCCCUCGGACCCGCCUCUCCCUCAUCUGUUUUGCCCGAAAUCUGCAGUUUUGUGAGACGGGGCUCUGCCGGGACCUACACAAAAUACCCCGGGCAAGGGUCCGGCGGCUUGGCCUUGGCCUGCAGUGGGAUUUGGCUGGGACUGACAGCCUCCCCUCGUCCCUGGAGCUGCUGCCAAGGCGCCCUGCACAGGAUUGGGUUUGUCUGUCAGAGAAAGAAACCUAAAAAUGAUUCUUUUCCCUUAUUCUGAACCAUAAUGUUCUUAACUUGGAAUCACAGAAUGGUUUGGGUUGGAAGGGACCGUAAAGAUCUAGUUCCAGGGUCCUUCCAAGGUCCUUAAAGACUGUAAUUCCAACCCCCCUGCCACGGGCAGUGACACCUCCCUCUAGACCAUGUUACUUAAUUUCUUGAAUUGUGGGCAGGUGCUCGUCUUGAAACGGACCUUAUCCCUUCUCCUUUGCACAAAGGUGUUUUCUCUCAGAACAUCCAAUGACGAUUUGAUAACAGUUUUGAUUAAAAAAAACUUGCACUAAAAUGCUGGAGCUCGUCCUUCGCUUUCAAAAUCAGCACAUUUUGUACAGAAUUCCUGUGAGCAGCUGUUUACUGAACUCCAGUCCCACGGCCCCUGCUUUCAGCUUGUUGGUGGUGGCCCGUGCCAAGAAACCGAGCAGCAGCACUCGGCCUCCGUCUCCAGGCGCCUGUGGGGCUCCAGGGGCAGAAGGGAGACAAGAAUUCACCCUGCCGGUGGGCCUUGGGUUUGCUUUUCUUCAGGAUAAUAAAUAAAUAAAUAUGGAUUACCUUGAACUUGCUGCACUGGAACAUUGUGUUAAACACAUUAGUACUUUGGCAAGUGGUGUAAUUGGCCAGCUCUUCCUCUGAUGCAAGUCUGUAUAAUUGCGCUGAAGUCUGUAACCCUCGCUUGGCAUAAUCAGAAAUGGCUCCCUUGUGGGAAAAUUAUGUCCUGGUGAUAUUGUCUCCUUAAAAAAACAACUCAAACCACAAAACAUACUUAAGUAUUUUUUGGAAACAUGAACUAGGUGACCUCCUGAGGUCCCUUCCAACCUGAAUUAUUCUAUGUUUCCAUGCUGCUGCUGUUUGUUCAUACAGUAUUUUGCAGGAUGGAGUCCUGGUUCCUGACUGAAGCCACGUUGUGCAGGGCAGGGAUACAGCCUGCGGAGCUGGGGGAGGUGGAAGUGCCGUGAGACCCAGCUGCAAGAUCAAGCGGUGGAGAAACUGAGGCACUAAUACCUUAAGACCUACAUUUUCAUGCUUGUUUGACUUGCAAAACAGCAACCCACCUCUUCAAGACUUCUUCUAAGAACGUGAAAUCUUAUGAAACAAUAUUAGUACAUUUUGGUACUAGAAUAAUGGCUGCUCUAGGAGCUGUCAAGAAGAAGCAAAACUAUACCAGUGUACACGAGGCAGUGAAAGCUGGUGAUGUAGAACAGCUUGCGUCAAUGAUAAAAAGUGGAGCCAAUAUUAAUGAGGUGGAUGUGGUCCACAAAUUCACACCGUUGCACUGUGCUGCACACUCUGGAAGUCUGGAGUGCCUUCACUGGUUGCUGUGGCACGGAGCUGAUGUGGCGGAGGUGACUGUCAGAGGCUGGACGGCAGCUCACCUCGCGGCCAUCCGAGGUCAGGACGCUUGCAUGCAGGCUCUGUUAAUAAAUGGAGCAAACGCAGAAGCUCAGGAUGAUCGUGGGUGCACCCCGUCCCACCUGGCUGCAGCCCAUGGACAGUCUUACACCCUACAGACCUUACUGCGGAGUGGAGCGAAUGUGGAUGCUUCAGACAGGAACGACUGGAAGCCUGUUCAUUAUGCUGCUUUCCAUGGUCGCUUGGGGUGUUUGCAGCUUCUUGUUAAAUGGGGAGCGUGUAUAGAUGAUGUGGAUAACAAUGGAAACCUUCCAGCUCACCUGGCAGCAGUGGAAGGACACUUGCAUUGCUUUAAGUUCCUGGUCAAUAAAAUGGCCAGUGUCAUGCACACACUGAAAGCCAGGAAUGACCACGGAGAGACUCCAAGGGACUUGGCUGAACGGUUCUACAAAGAUAAUAUUCUGCAGUAUAUUGACAGCGUGGAAAAAGAGGAGGAGCAUCCGGAGACACAGGAAGUUUUAGCUUUCCCAGCCCAUGAUGCUGCUUUCAAAGGGGACUUGUUGAUGCUUAGAAGAUUAGUGAGAAGUGGAGUAAUCAAUAUUAAUGAACGGGAUGAUAAGGGAUCCACUCUCCUGCACAAAGCUGCCGGGCAGGGGCAUGUCCACUGCUUACAGUGGUUGAUGGAAAUGGGAGCCGACUGUGACAUUACAAAUGAUGCUGGAGAGACUCCAAAGGAUGUAGCCAAGAGAUUUGCCCAACCGGCAGCUGUGGAACUUUUGACACAAGGAACUGGAGACAGUGACUCUAGUGAUGAAGAACUAGAUGCAAACAACAUAAAGUUUUUUGAAAGACAUGGAGUGGAAGGGAGUACAGAUAGCAAAGAAGAUUUAACCCUGGAUAAAGCAGAGAAAAGAAACGCACGCAUAAGGGCCUUUUGCAAGAUUCAAGAACUUCAACACCUUCUAGAAAUUGCCUACAGCAACUACAGACAGCUGGGAGGAAUAACUGAAGAGGAGAAGAAGAUGAAAAAAGAAGAAAGGGAAGCUGAGAAGGCCGUGAGGGAGCUGGAGGCCCAGCUGGAAUACGAGCGAGUCAGGCGGGAGAAGCUGGAGAGCCAGCUGGAUGACUGCCGUGCUGAGAUAAACCGCCUCAGAGAGAGCCUGGAGAAAACUCGUGUCCCCCCUGCUCUCCCCCCGGAAGCCGAGACCGUCUCCAAGUCUUGCAAAGAGAAAAAGAAAGUAAAGAAGCCGCCAGCGGGCACCCCUGGAGGAGUGUUCGUCAGACUGCGCUGAGGAACAAGGGACAGGCAAAGUGGAGGUGUAGAAGAGGAAAAGAAAAAAUGAUUUUAUAAAUUCAGAAAACUCCGAGUGAAUCAGUCAUGUAAGUGUUACCACCACAUGCAUGAAAUUACUCUUAAUUUUUCUCCCAAUGGAGCAAUUUUUUUCUUCAUUAAAUAUCCUAAACUAGUGUGUUCAAUCUGUAUGGCAACAUAUAAUCUGCUGGGAAUUCUCCUCAAAAUAAAGGCAUUAUUUCAUAA